UCCAUGUAAAUGAAAUGUGAAUAUUGUAGAGAUGGCGGCUCGUCAAGAAGAUGAAUCGCAAAGGUUUUGGGAGGACUUGGGGGCGUAGGAGACCUGAAAACAAAUCCAAACCUCAGCCAACAGAUCAUACUGCUUUUCACCGUCGAAAUUUCAGAUUUCUUGCUGGGCCACUGCUGCUGAUUUUCUCUUUGCUUAGAACAAUUGCGUUUCAACUUUGGGUUGUUUUUGAAUAUCUUGGAUGUAGAACCAGUGCUCUGACUAACAGAGCUCAGAGGACUGGCUAUCGUUGCCAAAGGGAUGCAGAGACUGGUGUCACAAUGACUUCCCGUGCGCAAAGAAGUCCGGGUCCUGCAGAUCCGGCACUCGCUAUGCAGAAACACCACCACAGAAAGGCUUUCGAAUACAUCUCGAAAGCUCUCAAGAUUGACGAGGAAGACAGUGGUCGCAAGGAUGUAGCUGUAGAGUUGUACAAGAAAGGCAUUGCUGAGCUGCAGAAAGGCAUAGCAGUGGAACUGAAGGGACAAGGUGAGGCGUGGGAGCGUGCUCAGCGACUACAGGGGAAGAUGUUGACCAACCUGACCAUGGCCCAGGAUAGGCUUUCAGUGCUGGACAAACUUUUGCAAGAAGAACAGAGAUUUGCAAGUGAUGCAAAAGGAAGUCCGGACAGUGGAUUAUAUGGCCCCGGUCCUUCAGGGAUUGACUUAAGAGGGGCAACCCACACUGACCCCAGAUUAGCAGGGGCCUCCCCUGUAUCCCCUAAUAUAACUGUAAGACAGCGAAGAGGGGCCACUGGCAUUGGGGAUAAGGGGGCAGUACAAAGCCCCAAUGGCGUGAAACAGCAUGCAGUACAAAACCCACGUCAUGUGAAACCUUCCAGACAAACUGUGAUACCCAAACCAAAUGUGAUAACAAAUCCAAAUGCACCGAGGUGCCAGCAGCCAAAUGCAAUGGUUACCAACAAGCCUCUGAAAAUGAAGCAACCUAUUGGUGUCCACAAGUCAAACACGCUUCCACGUAACUUUGGUACUACCCCCCGACGGGGAAGCGGUGAUUCCUCCCCCAGGGGCUCCCCCUCCAGCUCACCCCACCCUUACAGGAGGGGCCUCGAUGGUCAACCAGCCAACAACUCUCCUGGGAGGGGCCCUUACAGGCAAAACUCUACGAAGGGUACUGCUGAGCGACGGGGAAGGGACCCUAAAUCACUGAAGCUUAAAGGGGUUGAUAAGAAGCUAGCCGAGACCAUCCUAAAUGAGAUUAUUGACUCGGGACCCGCUGUAGCAUUCCAGGAUAUAGCCGGUCAGGAGACAGCCAAGCAAGCCCUACAAGAGAUAGUCAUUCUACCAGCUCUCAGACCAGAGUUGUUUACUGGUCUGCGAGCACCAGCGCGCGGCCUGUUGCUGUUCGGUCCGCCAGGGAACGGAAAAACCAUGCUUGCGAAGGCCGUAGCCAACGAGUCCAACGCCACCUUCUUCAACAUCAGUGCCUCGAGCCUCACCUCCAAAUGGGUCGGUGAGGGGGAGAAACUAGUUAGAGCCUUGUUUGCUGUCGCCAAAGAGUUACAGCCAGCUGUUGUCUUCAUGGAUGAAGUAGACUCACUGCUGUGUGAGCGGAAGGAGGGAGAAAAUGAUGCCAGCCGUCGACUCAAGACUGAAUUCCUUGUUCAGUUUGAUGGGGUUGCUGGGUCGUCUGAUGACAAAGUGCUGAUCAUGGGGGCCACAAACCGACCACAGGAGCUGGAUGAUGCCGUACUAAGGAGAUUCAGCAAGCGAGUGUACGUGAGCAUGCCGAAUCAGGGUACAAGACUGCUACUGCUACGCCACCUACUGGCCAAACACAACAACCCUCUCACGGGGCGGGAGCUAGAUCACCUUGCUAAGUUAACCGAGGGCUACUCUGGCAGUGAUUUAAACGGCCUUGCUAAAGAUGCUGCCUUGGGACCAAUCAGAGAGCUCUCCCUUACGGAGGUCAAAGAGGUACAUGCAAACCAAGUCAGAGGAAUCAAAAUGGCCGACUUCCUGGAUUCAUUGAAGAAAAUACGCAGAAGUGUGAACAUUGAGUCGUUGAACAAAUAUGUGGAAUGGAACAACAACUAUGGAGAUAUGAAUGUUUGAAGGACAAAAUCAGAGAGAUUGGGUAACUUUGUGCCAGCAAAUCAUGCAAACAUUUAAGACUUUGAUGAUGUAUUAGAAAAAAUAGUUAUCAAAAAUAUGUUGAAUUUUACAUUUUUUUGUACAGGUAAAAAUUUAAAUGGAUUCAAAUAUUAAUUGUAAUGAACUAAUAUUUUGUGAAAUGUAUUUCUUACAUGAACAAAUAGCAGUUUGAAAAUUUUGAAGCUGAUACAUUUGUUAAUAUGCCAGUUACAUGCUCCUACAUGUACUGUCAGUUAUUGGCCUAAUAGAAAUAAUGAAAUUAUAUGUGCAUCACACAAGUAAUUUACAUGAUUUAGGGUUUCAGAAUAUUUGUUAAUUGAUUAUUGUUUUCAAAAUGGGAGAUCAAACAUGUAUUUGAAUUGUUGAAUGAUGACCAAUUCUAGAUUUCAAAAAAACUCAACGUAGAAAAAGGGCAGAAAAUAGAAUGACUUUUCAGAAAGUAUUUACUAUCUUUAACUUAAAAUGACUUUGUCCAGUAUUCAUUGUUAUGCUUUUAUGGAAUUUGGUGGUUUUGAAAGAUUUGUUUUGAUUGCUUUGACCGUAAUAACUGUUUGCUCGUCUGUUCUUUAAAACACAACAAGUUGAGUUAUAUUCCAGCCUCGGUGUAUUCAGCCUCGUCAGUGUAAUUGUGCACAAAUUAUAAUCAUUGCCUGAACUCCAAAACCGUUCAAUUUAUUUGAUUUAAAACUUGGUACACAUGCUACUUUUAGACAAUAUACACACGUACAGCAUGGCCCAUAACUCUGGCUUUAAUUAUUGUUGAGUUAUGUCCCUUGAUAGUUUGAAAAAGUUUUGCCAAAACUUUAACUUGGCCAUAGCUUAAUGACCAUCCAAGACAUUCCCAUGAAACUUGGUAAACUUGUUAGUUAAGUCAAGAAUUGUCAAGUUAUCCCCUUGAUAGUUUGAAAAAGUCGUGCAAAAUAUUAUGUUUGCCAUUACUUUAUAAUAAUUCAUGAUAUUCUUAAAAAAAUGUAUAAAUAUUAUCAGUGAGAAUGUUUAGAUGUGGAGCAAGGCUUAUAAAUAUUCCUUUAAAGCUGCACUCUCACAGAUUGACUGUUUUGAGAACUUUUUAAUGUUUUGUCUUGGAAACAAGUGAUGUAAAAUUGCUGACAAAAGAUCAGGGAUGAUAUUCAUAAACUAUCUUAAGUCACUUUCCUAAUUUUAGUAUCUCUUUAGUCAUAUGAAAUAAAAUAUAAAGAAUUUCCAAGAUACAUUAUUUCCAUUAUCCUUAUUGUAAUAAACACACUUUAAUGUUAAAAACAAGAAUUCAUUUCUUUAAAUUUGCCUAUGAAGAAUUGAAGAAAUUGACUUAAUUUAGGAAAUGACUCGAUAUUUUUUUUUUUAAUACUUCCCCAGAUCACAGUUUUUCAUAUUAACAUUUAAGAAUUGACACUAAAUGGCUAAAUUUGAUACUAGUGUUUUAAGAAAAAAAGGAUUUUUUGACAGUUUCCCAAACAACAGAGAUCUCUAUUAUUGUGAGUUAUUUUAUGACUAAAUUGAAGACAUUGAUACCAAAAUCAGCCGAUUCUGAAGCAAAAACUAUUUUUUAUCAAAACUCAAUUUGUGAGCGAGCAGCUUUAAUAAGGCUCAAGCUAUGCCCCUUAUGGACUAUAAUGAACAGAUGUACGUCCGCAGCGCACUUGUCUUUAUGGUAUGUCAGCCUUAGCUUGCUUUAAAACAUAGCAAAAAAUAAAGUUUUAUAAUAGUAAUUAUAAAACAAAUAAUAUCAAAAAAUAUAUAUUAAAAACAUCAUUAUCGUGAAAAAGUAAAAAAAUUCUCACUCAUACGGACGAUUACUAACUACAGCAUAUUACAGGGUGGGUGAUCAGGUGAUUUUUAGGCAGCAUACAUUUUGAGCCAUGCAUUACUAUUUUGUUUCGUUGUAUUCGUCAAUAGUCAAUAAUGUUAUCGUGGUAGCCUGUUUCGUCUUUUCUACUUUUCCAAUAGUACUGCUAUUGUUGAGUUUAUGAAUUAUGUUUAUAUUUAAUACUAUGUAUUAUAAGUAAACCUUACAUGUAAUGGAGUUUGUUUUGCUUUUUAAGUAUUUGUAUAAGGACAAUAGAACUAAUUUACGAAAAAAAAUGGAGCAGGCGCGUCACUUCAUUGGUUGAUACAAUUUCAGAUACUUAAACACACCCAAACAUGUUAAAAUCUCCACACCAUAUCACCCCUGUGCAUGGGCAAAAAUACUAAAUAAUGAAAAUGAUUAAAACAGUUGACUGAUCAGGUUAAAGUCAUAUUGAACAAUUAAUGCCGAUAAACUGCAAUACAUAUUUGAAUAAAAUGCCUUUCCAUUAGACAAAAUUGAAUUUUAAAUACUAAUUUAAGAAAAACAAAAAUUGCAGGACUCUACUUUUACGUAAACUGUGAAUAUUCUGAUAUUUUUACACAAGGAAGACGUUUUCAUUGUUUGAAAAUGCUGUUUUUUUUCUUAAAUGUGCUGGGUGAAACAUGUUGAAUUGCAUCAACUCUACAAAAUGGAGACCUAUUAUGUCAAAUUUUUACUGGAGAGUCCCAAAACACUUGUCAUAUCCGUACUCUUAUUGGAUGAAAUUUCUUGUAGAAUUUCAAAUUCGUACUUAUGAUAAUGUAUGUUGAUAAUCUUAAAAUUGAGACUUCACACUUUUAGCAAAUAAACUUAAUAAUAGUUCCUUGUCAAUCAGUGUUAAAAAUCAUGAUCGUAAUUCUUUUUUUCCCGGAAGAAAUGGUAUAUUUUUACCUUCCAAAAGCGGCUUUAAACCUGCACUAUCACAGAUUGAAUAUUUUGGCAACUUUGAUAUUUUUUGCCUUGGAACCAGCUAAUUUAUUUGACUAAGCAUCUAAACCAAUCAUA